AAUGCUCUGCCUGCAUCUGAGGAUGGUUUUCUUGAGAGAAAGCAGGAUUGCGGAGUGGAGUGUGUGUGCACCUUCAGCAGUGGAAUGUGAGAUGUUUAGCAGUACGCGAAAUCGCUGAGUAGUUAAGUGUGAAGAUCUGAUUCUCCAGUUGUUCUCUGCGUUCUGAAAUCUUUUGUCUCCGUGGAGAAACAAUUUGACGCCCUCAAAUUGCAGUAAGUCUGCACAUUCUCAGUUCGCGAAUUCUCGUUGAAAUGUUUCGUCGAAUACUUGGUUGACUGAAUUGAGCGAUUAAGUCUUCUUGGAUGUAUAAGUUGUAUUUGUGUUCGUAGGCACCCCGAAGUUUAUUUUAAAUUAAUCACCUGUGAUAGCAUUUAGUGCGAUGAGUCUGGUUCUCAAAUUUCGACGUCUCGGGAGCAUUGUUCGAAAAUCAACGAACGUGUUGUUCGGGAAGCACCUAAUGGUCACAAACGUAGCUUUGUCUGUUGGACUUUCAACUUUUGGAGACGCAAUUCAGCAACGUUAUUCGAAAGGCAUUGGUGGACAUUGGGACGUCAGACAAUCCGGUCAUAUGGGGGCUGCCGGAGCUUCAGUAGGCUGGUGUUGCCAUCAUUGGUACAAUUAUUUGGAUAAUGUCUUACCCGGGAGGUCAUCGAGGAUCCUUAUCAAGAAAAUCCUCGUGGAUCAAGUGAUUUUCUCUCCGAUUAUAAUAUUGGUUUUCUUCGUCACGGUCGGGGUGCUGGAGCGGGAAACAUUCGCAAGCAUAACUUCCGAAUUCGUUGAAAAAGGCAAAAAGUUGUACACGGCCGAGUGGUUUAUAUGGCCCCCAGCUCAAUUCGUGAAUUUUUAUUUUGUUCCAACGCGAUUUCGAGUUUUAUACGAUAACACGAUCUCGUUAGGUUUUGACAUUUAUACCUCAUCGGUGAAGUAUGGAUCUACGUAUCAUUCAAGAAGUCCGACGGGGUUUGAGCUAGUUGCAUUAGAAGGCAAUGAUGAAAAAUGACAGUGGUGCAUCUAUA